AUUUGCACUGCUUAGUCAAGCCGGUGAGUGUGUGCAGUAUGUGUGUGUUAAUGUAUAGAAAUGGACAGGAUGUGGGUGUGUGUGGACUAGCUACCUCAGAGAUGGCCACCGGCACUGCCGCCACAACGGUGCUGCCCCCGGUGAAGAGCGUGGUGGUGUACAGGAAUGGAGACCCCUUCUUCAACGGUCGCAGGUUCGUGAUCAACCAGCGACAGGUGUCCACCAUGGAAGCCUUCCUCAACGAGGUGACCCAGAACAUCGGCGCCCCGCUGGCAGUUCGAGCCCUGUACACCCCCAGGCAGGGCCACAAGGUCACAGACUUCCAGGACCUUCAGACGGGGGCCCAGUAUGUCGCUGCGGGCUUUGAGAAGUUCAAGAAACUGGACUACGUGAAUACAGGGGUGAAAAAGCAGCCUGCAGCACGUGAUGACACUCAGGCCAAACUAAUCCAGAGGCCCAAUGUGUCAGCCAAAUGGAGGAAGUUUGUACCAGUACCGUGUAUAAUACACGUUUUCCGCAACGGAGACCUCCUGUGUGCACCAUUCCGAUUCAUCAUUCCCCGGAGCAUGCAGAGGGACCUGGAGCAGAUCCUGAGUAUGGUCACCGAGAAGGUCAGCUUACGGACCGGCGCUGUGCGUAGGCUGUGUUCCGUGGAGGGGGUGACGGUGACUUCGGCGGGGGAGCUAGAGACCGGCCGCUGCUACGUUGCCGUGGGAACCGAGAGGUUUAAGAAGCUUCCGUAUGUGGAGCUGCUGGUCUCGAAAGCCACGGAGAGGUAUUACCCAGGAAAGAGAAGAACACUGAGAAGAAAUGUGCACAAAAAGCCAGGAAGCGGACCAGAAGACCAGUGUAGUGACUACGCUCUUCUCAACUCUCCAGAGUCAGACAGUCGGAGGGUGAAGUCGACGGGUGAUGACGCGGCUCCUCCGCCCGCCCCGCAACAGCAACAGCAACACACGAGCGAUGGAGCAGAGGACGGCUCCCUAUUCUUUGCCAAGCCCGUCAGAAUCCGUAAAACUAGAGGAACCCCGAGACCACCCUUUGGCAACGGAACCGUCCAUCGCAGCGUUUUUAAACCGGGAGCACGGAGGAGGAGGGAGGAAGUCAGAGGAGCCGAGGAGGUGCAGGAGGAUGAGAAUACAGCCACGGAACUUCCUGUUGAUCAGAGAAUUGCAGAAAUAGUGGAGGAUGAAGAGCUGAACAACGCAAAUGAUGUGCUGCACGACACACUAAAAGUUUUGCUGCCAUCUGACCCUGACCAAGCGGAAAAGAUGAUAAUACAAAAUAAAGAAGAGGAGUUUAACACUGAAAAUUUGGAGUUCAACAAGAUGGCUUUGUCCUCGCCCAAUUCUCACAGCGACAUCCAGGAAAACUACUCACAGCAUCGGAAUGAAAAGGAGGAUCUAAAAGACACAGCGCCAUUAGAUGCAGUAACACAGAACCACCACCAGGGAGAGGGCUUAACUCAAGAUGUAACAUCAUCAUAGUAACUACUCUUUCUGUGCUGGACAAGUAUCGUUAAUAUUGUUUUCCUUAUUUUUUUGUUAUUAAAAUGUCUAUACAAAGUAGAACAAAGGCAACAGGAAGUGCAUUCUUGACUUCCUGACAGUAUGAAUGAACAAGAAAUUAAAAGUAUUGCAUUAAAUCUUUUUCUCAACAUUCAUUUACAUGUAGAUAUUGUCAGUGACGUUUCACUCUAAUAUGUCUAAAUUUAAUAUAACUAAAUUUGUAUGUGUUAAGAUGGUCUGUCUCUCUUCCUUUGAUAAUUCCCUUCUUUCUUGCCAUUUUGGAAGCAAAAAUGACUUUCUCCAGUACAAUGCCGUAAUUGCACCAACUGACGAGGCUUCUGCAGAACCGCUUUAAAAUGUUGAUCUAUUUUGGCAUCAAUAAAUACACAUUAUUUUUCAGUUGUGGGUAACCUUACCCUUUGUACCCUUUCAGGCUAUUGAUUGGACUUGAACGACUAGAAUUUCAAUAAAUAACUGGGAAAACUGUGUUGUUGUAAACCUUAUGACUA